AUGCAGUGCAUUCGAAGCGUCGGUCCGGGCGGUGGAGGCGGAGCGACCGGUGGAGUGGAACGGAAGAUACUGAUAAAGUCGGAAGAUUCGCGCGGGGUCGCGAAUGGGGAGGGUGUCAACGGUGCGCACGACACCGACCGAAGGCCACCGGACGGCCUGGACGAGUGUCGCCCCGGUCAGGUUGGGAGCGAUUCGGACGAUAAGAAGCAAACAGCCCGGCCGGAGGUGCGAACGUUCGUCAUCGGCGAAAAUCAGUGCAUCGUGUACGGGGCAGGUUCAAGGCCGUCGGCCCCCACCACGCCCCCGUCCCUGCCCACGUCCACGCUCCAGCAAUUGCCCGUCUCCCAUCUGCCACCGAAGAAAACGCUCAAGCUGGCCCUCGGACUGCGCGGUUCGGCCAUAUCACCCGGCCCGGCAACAGCGGCCGCACCCCGUCCGGGGUCGCCUCCACCACUGACCCUGCGCCGGACGUCUGACGAAUCGGACCGGAUGAUGGCGCGGAUACAGAUCGUGUCCAAGGCCCACCAACACCCGUGCGACGACGGCCAACCGGUGCCGAGCGGGGUGCUGGUGGGUGGAGGCGGCCAGGGUGUGCACGUGAUAAGGGACGGUCGGUUCUAUCAGCCUGCUGCCGCAUCCCCCCAGCAACAGCGCAGUGACGUCAAGAUGGAGGAAGACCCGCGGCAAGACCCGGACCACGUGGUCCUGCUGGACGAAGGGACGCCCGGGCGUGGAUCUUACCGGGCGCAGCAGCAGCAGCAGCACAGCAGCAUCAUCGUAACGAACGGUGGCCGCAAUUCGCCACCACCACCACCCCCAUCCACCACCCACCAAGGACGCCUUUCACCUGCCGGAAGUGGUGGGGUAGCGGUGGUGCAGCAUCCGCACACUUCCAGCAGUAGCAUCGCGACAACGACCACGAUACUCGUGUCGAACGAGCGUGCCUCCAGCUACAAGCCGGCAACGCAGGCUACCUCUACUACAACGACGGUUUCAAGCAGCAAGCAGCAGCAGCAGCAACACAGCAGUAACAAUCAUCAUCAACACGGGCACGUAACCUCAAUGCAGCCUCCACCACCGCCGCCACCGCUGAAGUUGUCCAAGGGCGGCGGUGGUCACGAGGAACCGUCCAGCUCCAUGCCAGAUUUGGGUAAGUACAUGGGGCGUUCUGGGGAAUAUAUAAUGUUCAAGCCUUCUGUCUCUUCACUGGAGGCAAAGCACCAGGCGGCUCCAUUGCGUGUGCGAACCGGCCGCCAUUGUUGCGCGCAGAAAAAAAAACCGCAAACGAUCGCAAAACUGUUAAUGAGCAGCUCAAACAUGGUGAUCGGUGAACACCGUUUGCCGAUCGUUGGUGUGUGCCGGCACGUCGCCAAAAGGAUGCCGGACGGUGGCCAUAGAACCGUGAAGGUGACGGCGAUGAUGAUGAUGAUGAUGAUGAUGUCCGUCUCGCCUAUGCGAUUGCGGAAAAUCUCGUCCGAAUAA